UUCCGGCGCCACGUGUCUGCGCCUGCGCGGUGAUGAGCAAGAUGGCGGCCAUGCAGCAGCAGGGGGAGGGAGACCAGUUGUUCGAUGUUAGGAACAGUUUCUACAUCGGCAGCUACCAGCAGUGUAUCAACGAGGCGCAGAAGAUCAAGCUGACCAGCCCAGAGAAAGAAGUUGAACGGGAUGUUUUUCUUUAUAGAGCUUAUAUUGCACAGAGAAAAUAUGGUGUGGUACUGGAUGAUAUCAAACUGGGAGCUGCUCCUGAAUUACAAGCUGUAAGAAUGUUUGCUAAGUAUUUGUCCGGUGAGGAUCAAAGAGAUGCCACCAUAGCAGAAAUGGAGAAGAAGAUGGCAAAGAGUGUUGACAUUAACAACACAACCUUCUUGCUGAUGGCAGCCUCGAUCUAUUUACAUGAGCAAAACAUCGAUUCAGCGCUACGUACACUGCACCAAGGGGAGAGUCUGGAGUGCAUGGCCAUGUCGAUACAGAUAUCUCUGAAGCUUGACCGGCUGGAUCUAGCUCGAAAGGAGCUGAAGAAGAUGCACGAGCAAGAUGAGGAUGCCACCCUGACACAGCUAUCGACAGCCUGGGUGAAUCUGGCCAUAGGUGGGGACAAGCUGCAGGACGCCUAUUAUAUCUUCCAGGAAAUGGCAGAUAAGUACACUGCAACCUUGCUGCUUCUGAAUGGACAAGCUGCUUGUCAGAUGGCACAGGGCAAGUGGGAUGAUGCAGAAGGAGUUCUACAGGAGGCCCUAGACAAGGACAGCAGUCAUCCGGAAACUCUCAUUAAUCUCGUUGUACUUUCACAGCACCUGGGCAAGGCUCCGGAGGUUAGUAACCGUUACCUCUCCCAGCUAAAGGAUGGACACCGAGGGCACCCGUUUGUUAAAGAAUAUUUGGCCAAGGAGAAUGAGUUUGAUCGAUUGGUUCUGCAGUACGCUCCCAGUGCAUGAGAAGAAUGGAAUCUGUGUCUAUGAAGGUGGAGGAAUCAUACCCACGAUCUACAUCUUUGGGAAAUUUUCCUGUUCAGCUCCUGAACUGUGGAAAAAUAUUUUUAAAGUCAUGCCUCAAUAACUUAAACGUUUUCACUCACUUGAUAUUCAUUUGGUAAAUAUUAAAGACUUUACCUGUGCUCUGUUUGAGAAUAACUUUGGUCACCAGGCCUGUGAAAUCUGUAAAAACUCUACACAUUCCUAAUAAAAAUAUCAAUGUUA